CAACCAAUCGCUGCCGCAGAAAGAGCAGAACCUCUGCCCAUUUAGCGCAUUUAUUCGUCUCGUCUGUGACGUACCGGCUGGCUUUGUGUGCUUUCAAUAUAUCACAUUGAACAUAUUUCCAUAUAGACUAUAAUCCGGAUGAGGCGGUUUUGUAAACGCCACCCUUGACGUUGAAACUGGUCGGACCUGAAUGCUGUCAGAGCCCUGUGAAUAUUAAACAUGGACGCGGAUUUGUUUAUGGAGUGUGAGGAGGAGGAGCUGGAACCAUGGCAACAGCAAAAUUCAAUGGAUGAAUUAGAGGGAAAUGCUGAAAGUAGUACUCCCACUGUGUCUUCCACUCCUGCCAUGACAGUGGUUGAUAUUCCAGCUGAGCCUAAGACUGUGGUGAUCCCAAACCUGCCACCAGUAAUAAAUACGGCAAACGCGGUUCCGCUGAUCACGAAUACACUGACUCAACGCAUGGUUCCUGCUGCUGUGCCGGCGGACAUUCCUAAAGCAAUGCAAGGGCAGCAGGUCUUUUUAGCAUCAGGAGGAGGAGGGCUGGGCACUGUGGCUCUGUCGCAGGUUCUCCUGUCUGGCACAUCUUCUAUUGCCAAUGCCACCAACAGCCAGCCGUUUUACUUUACCACGCAGGGUCUUCCUGUGCAGAAUAUCCAUCCUGGCCAGCCUGGCCAUGGCCCAAUGAGUUUGGUGCUGAAUGUCCAACAAGGGCAGACUGUUCGACCCAUUACUUUAGUCCAAGCACCUGGGACACAAAUAUUUAAACCAGCUGUUGGAGGAACCCAAAUAAUUACCCAGCCAGCUCAGAUAAGGGCCACAGCGCCGGUCGCAAACAGGGUCCAAACGCCUAGCACUUUUAGCACGAUGCAAAUCCCUGCUACUCUCACUAUUCGUACCACAACAGCGGUCGCCCCACCUGCUGUCAAUUCUCUGGCCACCAUGUCCUCCACAACCAUUACUCAGCCCUCCACAGCACGAACUACAACUAAAAUCGUGACAAUAAAGCCAGGAAAUGGACCCUUGGACAUGCAAAACAUAAUGAGCCUUGUGAAAUCUGUUAACCUUCCUGGUGGGGCUCAAGCACAGACAUUUGUUGUCAUGAGCAAUCAAAAAACCAAUAACGGCUCCAUUGUUUCCUCUGCUGUUCCUGUCAUGACACAUAAUGUUGUCCAAACAAUCCCUGUUACCCAUACAACACCAUCAACGAUCACUCAUUUGUGUCCUCGUUGUGGAGCUCAGUUCAAAAUGAUCGAGGCUCUACGGAGUCAUAUGUGUUUCUGCUGCCCAGCUCUUGUCCAGACGGCCGACACAAGCAGUACAGCAACUGCUGUGAACACACCAGCCGUGAACACACCAGCCACAACACCUAAGAGCCUCUCUGUUGUGCCUAGUGUCAAGCUGGAUAACCCACCUACAAAGACUGGAGAUACUCCGCCCAGACUUGUCAUGCUGGUGGAUGAUUUCUACUACGGCACAUUUGAGGGGAAUCGAGUCUAUGUACCAAUGGACAACUCAAAGGAACCAUUAUCGUUCAAAUGCCUUUCCUGUAACAAGAGACUGAAAAAUAAUGUUAGGCUUAUGAACCAUAUGAGGUACCAUGUUGAGUUGGAGCAGCAAAAUGGGGAGAUGGACACGCACACGUCCUGCCAGCACUGUUUCCGCCGCUUUCCCACACCAUUUCGUCUUCAAUGCCACCUGGAGAGCGUCCACACUUCCAUUGAGUCAUCUACCAAGUGUAAGAUAUGUGAGUGGUCCUUUGAGAGUGAGCCAGUGUUCCUGCAGCACAUGAAGAACACCCACAAACCUGGAGAGAUGCCUUAUGUGUGCCAGGUGUGUGAAUACCGCUCCUCCCUCUACUCGGAUGUGUUUAACCACUUUCGUACCUGGCAUGAGGAUACCCGCCACCUUCUGUGCCAGUACUGCCUCAAAGUUUUCAAGCAUUCCACCAGUUACCAGCAGCACUAUAUUCGUCAUCAGAAAUCAACAGUUUACCACUGUAACAAAUGCCGUCUUCAGUUCUUGUUCACAAAAGACAAAGUUGAGCAUAAAAUCAAUCACCACAGGACCUUUCGAAAGCCUUGUGAAUUGGAAGGACUCCAGCCUGGGACAAAAGUGACCAUUAGGGCAUAUGUUGGGAUGAAGAAGUCACCAGGUCAGGCAUCAAAAGCAUCCACUAACUCUCAGAAGAAUGGUGUUAGCACUUCACAAACAUCAACUUGUAGUGGUGACCAGCAAUCACAACGACAUGGACCUGUGAAGAAACAGGUCAGCAAGACGUUUGACUUCUUGUCCAAGUUCCAAGAGCAGAGGGCACUACUGGGCAGACAUAAGUGUGUGGAGUGCACUUUUGACAUUCCAGACUUUGCGAAUCACUACCCUACUUAUGUUCAUUGCUCACUCUGCUUCUACAGCACAUGCUGUUCUCGUGCUUAUGCAAACCACAUGAUCAACAAUCACGUUCCUGGAAGAGUCCCAAAAGCUUCUAAAAAGGGGCCGCCGAGCGGCGUGAAGCUGAGCUGUGCGGGUUGUGAAUACUCCACUGCUCUGGGGAAUAUGAUGGCCAAACAUCUCAUUAAGUUCUCUAAUCACUCCCACUGUAUCUUCACUCAUAAAGAGUGUUUGGAGACAGAUAUUGAGUUCUGCCAGGUUGAGGAGGAGGUGGAGGGUCCACAAGGGGAUGAAGCUAGUGAUGUUGGGACACAGCCUGACUGGUUGUCCAUGAAGCAGUGGAUUGUGCCCAAAGAGGAAGGAACUGUGCCAGAAUUCAUGGACAGUUGUGGCCCUCAGCAUAUAAUGGCCAGAAAUAGCGAUGUCCUCGACUACUUCCAGCUGCUUUUCCCCGACAUCCUUUUUGAGCAGAUCGUUUUUGAGACCAAUUCUUAUGCUACUUAUUGCUGCUCUUUGGGGCAGGGGGAUCCUUCCUGGAACUCCGUGUCCAUUGAGGAAGUCAAAGGCUUCUUUGGUCUCUCUAUCCUCAUGGGGCUUCAAGGCCAGGUUGAGCCAGAGUUGUACUGGUCCUGGGACCAUCACCAUGGCCGCUAUGGCUCCAGAAUAUGUGAGCUCUUUUACAGGACCAUGUCAGUCAAACGCUUCAAGCAGAUCAGAACUCACAUCCGAAUGAGCAGCAUGCUUGUGGAGAACGACAACCAGAGUGCUGACAAGUUGUCCUUUUUUCAGCCAAUGCUGAGCAUCCUGCAGACAAGUAUGCGGGAGGCCUACAGGCCAAACAAGUGUCUGACGGUCGAUCAAGCUUUUCUACCAAGCCAUGACAAAGGAAUCGCUCAGGAGAAGUGUAGAAAUUCCCAGCCGAGGAUAUGGCUACUGUGUGACUCAAAGUCAGGCUACUGCCAUAAACUGCUGGUUUUAACACAACAGGAGAAAAACAAAGACUUGGGAAAAUUAGUUGUACCUCAACUCAUAGAGGGCUUUGAGGGUAAACAUCACCACAUUUUCUUGUCCAGCUCACUUGUGUCCGUGCCACUCAUGCGGGAGCUGUAUGACAUUGGUAUAUACUGCUCUAGCUCCAUCCUGCCCCAAAGUCCUAUUUUGCCCAAGGAGUUUUGGGAUGAACCUCCACUGAACAAUCCAGGUGAUUUCCAACAGCAUGAACUCACCCCACUCCUUGCCACCAGAUGGAAAGAUAACAAGCAGCUGGUAUGUCUCUCCACUAAUGCUGAUGCAGGCCAGCCAGACGUGGUGUGGAGGAGAUCUCCCACUAAGAUUGGUGAGCUUUGCGCCAUUGAAAGACCCCAGGCCUUUAAGUUGCUCCAGGACAACAUGCGUGGUGUAGACAUCUGUAACCAGCUGCUGACGUGCAACCAACUCGGCGGGCUGGUUCUUGACACCAAUUGGCGGCGUCUCUUCUGGUUUCUUGUCAACUUGAGCAUCAUCAACUCUUUCAUUGUCCUACGAGAGACCCGCAAAGACAACCCACCAGGGUGGUUUCCGGGGGGUCACUUUUCCCAGGCCAUCUACCGUAAACGUCUGGGGUACCAGCUGGCCAAGUGUGCCGAAAGAUAUGCUCGCCAGAACCAAGUCCACGAUAGCAUGCCCGAACAACAGAUUGUUAAAAAAGAAAAUCUGGAGACUCAAGAAGGUGUCAGACAUCGAUUAGCCAAAAUUACGCGUAGGACAAGGAGAUGUAAAGUUUGCAACCUGAAAAACGAGCGUCAUGAGAGUGUAUAUGGCUGCACAGCAUGCCUUGUGAAUCUGUGCAAACGUUCUUGCUGCUUCUGGGACUACCAUGGUUUCUCACCUAAUUACCAAGGUAACGCUAAAGUUGGAUUUAUUGAUUCUAAGAGACCCUGGAAAGUGACGCACUAUUUCCCUUCCAGGGAAGGCACGGAGCCUGGACUUAAAUAUCGAACUGAAAUGUUGGAAAGAGGCCUCCACAGAGCUUCAGUGGACGUCAAAACUUUUUCACGUGUUGCCAAUGCUAGUCUGGAUGAAGACGUGGACCAGGAAAUGGCCCCUCUAGAAGAGGAAGACACUGACUCAGUCUCUGAGACGACUGAAAGCGAUGAGGACAUGCCACAUCAAACAGUGACAAAACAUAAAGUAGAGGGAAUGGUAACCAAUACGCUUUCACAACCUGUUAAAAACAGAGAGGAGACUCUGUCUAUUCAUCAGCGUCGAAUACUACUCCUUGCGCUGUGCUCCGGGAUCCAGAAAGCAGCUAAAGAAAUGGACACCAAACCUCAGCUCAUUAAGACCUGGCUUCAAGCUAAAGAGAAUCAAUUAAAUGAAUGCUGCAGCAGGAGCUGUGGAGAGGCCGUUGAUCAUCUAGUGGAGUGGGUUCUGACCCAACGGGAACAGCAGCGUCCUAUCAGUGAGGCGAAACUGUUCGAAAAAGCUUCAGAGCUCCAAAGCCAAACCAAUGAGAGCAGUUCUUUCCGUAUUUCUUACGAGUGGGCCGUGAGCUUCAUGAUGCAGCACAAAUUGGGCUUGGAUACCUCUUUCACAGUACAUCGGGAACUCCCUAAUGCCAUGGAGGAAAAGUGUCGUCACUUCACAGAGUUAGUCCACAGUCAAAUAAAGACAAACAACGUCCCACAUUGUGUCAUUGGUGCUAUGGACCAGCUUUCUGUUUUUGUGGACUUCAACAUGCUGAAGGAGAAUACCAGAAUAAGCAGAGAGACUGCUUUUCAGUUUACUGGUUCUGGGAAGCCUUUUGUAAAGAUUUACAUUGCAAUGCUUGCAAAUGGUACAAUGUUACCUGCAGCUCUCUUCACAAGUCAUGCCGCAAGCACGCUGAGCAAAAGCCCACCAGACUCAAUCCUACUAAUGGCCAAAGAGGAAGGUUUCAGCGCAAUGGAAGAGCUGGACGUUUGGGCCACCAAAGUGUGGAAAAAGCAUCUGGACUCACAGAAUGAGAACGAAGCCCUGCUGGUUAUGGAUAGCCAUCAUAGCCAAACAUCUGAGAACGUCAUAUCCACAAUCAGUAGCACCAAAGCAUUCCUAGCCACCGUUCCGGCUGGGUGUACGGGCCGACAUCAACCUCUAGAGAUGUGCGUACGCCCUGUGCUGCAAAGGUUAUUUAUUGCUCGUUGGGCACAACAACCUAGUGAUGGUGCAUCUGGGGUCAAGUCUGAAGACCUUGUGCAGCUUCUCGUAUCUUGGUUGGAAGAGGCCAUGUCUUGCUUCUCUGGUAGGCCUGAAUUUAUUCAGCACUCAUUCUGCUUGGCCCGUCUGCUUCCUGAUCAGGAAGCAAAUACAAAUUUGCCUGGUACUCCGUUGGAGCUGUUAAAUAAGCUGUCGGAGGCCAUGCUUGAGUCAGAAGUAGUAGAUCUGGAGUCAGAAGUAGUAGAUCUGGAGUCAGAAGUAGUAGAUCUUGAGUCAGAAGAAGAGCCAAUGGACACACAUACUGUAGGUCAAGUGAACCAGGUAACUGAGAAAAUUGAUCUGACACUGGACCAAGACGAUACAGAAAAUGAAGUCGAUCAAAUGAAGGAUGAAGACGCAACACCAAUUGAGAUAAAAAAGACAGAACAACAAAAGGAAAAAACUGAUGAAUGUUUGGAAAUUGCAAGUGAGUCCACAGAUUUUUCACAUUCAUCCCCUGUAUCUGAGACCCCUUCACACAACUCUGAACAAGAUCAUUUCUCAGAAUCCGCUCUGGAUCCCAGUGCUUGCCAAACAGACUCUGCAAACAGGUGAUAUUUGAUCUACUAAGAGACGUUGUGAAGGUGAUAGAAGGAUUUGGGUCAGACAUACUUAUUUUGGGCUGAAUGUGACUGUGGAUAUUUAAUUUACAACUUAUUAUGUGGUGGAGUGAAAAUGUAAAAACAUUUGAAAAUCUUUUUCUUUUUUACCCUAAAUAAUGUAUAGAUUUACAGAUUAAACAUUGCAUGAUUGACUUAAGUUUUCUAUUGUUUGUUCUUUUUGUUUAUUCACUUGUAUAAAAAUAAUCUAAUAUCUUC